AUGUUCAUCGGUCUGGCAUUACUUUGUGAUGACUACUUCAUUCCUUGUCUGGAGAGAAUUUGUAAAGUGUUGCACCUUCAGCCUGAUGUCGCUGGAGCAACGUUUAUGGCUGCUGGAAGUUCUGCUCCCGAGUUGGCAACUACCUUGGUUGGAGUAUUUAAUGCAAAAGAUGAUAUCGGCCUUGGAGCUGUUGUGGGUUCUGCUGACUUCAACAUAAUGUUGGUUGUCAGUGUUAGUGCGCUAUUCGCAAAACAGGUGAUUUAUCUUAAUUGGUGGCCAUUAGUACGUGAUUCCGCUGUUUAUCUGUUAUCUAUCAUACUCUUGGCAUUAGUUAUUUAUGACGAAUUAGUCUAUUGUAUAACAACAACAACAACAACAACAACAACAACAACAACAACAACAACAACAACAACAACGACAACAACAACAACAACGACAACAACAACAACAACGACAACAACAAGAACAACAACAACGACAACAACAACAACAACGACAACAACAACAACAACAACAACAACAACAACGACAACAACAAGAAUAACAACAACGACAACAACAAGAACAACAACAACGACAACAACAAGAACAACAACAACGACAACAACAACAACAACGACAACAACAACAACAACAACAACAACGACAACAACAAGAACAACAACAACGACAACAACAACAACAACGACAACAACAACAACAACGACAACAACAACAACAACGACAACAACAAGAACAACAACAACGACAACAACAACAACAACAACGACAACAACAACAACAACGACAACAACAAGAACAACAACAACGACAACAACAACAACAACAACGACAACAACAACAAGAACAACAACAACGACAACAACAACAACAACAACGACAACAACAACAACAACGACAACAACAAGAACAACAACAACGACAACAACAACAACAACAACGACAACAACAACAACAACGACAACAACAACAACAACGACAACAACAAGAACAACAACAACGACAACAACAACAACAACGACGACAACAACAACAACAACAACAAGAACAACAAGAAGAACAACAACAAGAAGAAGAAGAACAACAACAAAAUAUCAAUCCGAUUUUAUAUUUUCCGGGGUAAUUAAAUAUUUAACCUUAAUAAAAGGAUUUAUAAUGUAA